CAAUGCAACCAGGAAUAGCUCGAUAUGGCAAUUUUACUCAUUCAACCCAAUUUUAAUGGAGACGGGGAGGGGGUGUCUUCUCAUGGAAGAGCUAACGCACCAAUGGAAUGAAUUGCAAUCUUGUGUUUCAGUAUUUGAAUUGAAGAAAGGAAAUUGACCUUAAGUGAAGUUUAAUUCAGUAAAGUUCAAAAGGCUUUACAACGAUCAGACCGAACCACUAAAGGAACGGAUUUUUUGAAUUGUCAGUGGCCAUUUAAAGUACCUCCAGUCAUGGGAAUACUAUUUGUAUUGAGCAGACAGUUAAUAUUUAAUGCACAGUGUAGUAAAUUCAUUGUGAAUUUUGUGUCAGAAAGGAUGAAAGUUCUCGCAAACAGCUCUGCAAAAACAAUGCUCUGACCACGUUACAGGGAAUAUGCUGCGGAAACUUUGUUUAAGAAGGCGUCGGUUCUGGUAUCUCGUAAUCGUGUUUGUGUUUCUGCUGUUUGCCUAUACACAAAUCCUCUCAUGGAAUUCAGACAACAGCUCUAGAUGGUUUGACCAGGUCCAAAUGUUUGACCAGAGCGAUGGUAAACUCUUUUCGAACAGACACUCCAAGAAUACGCACGAAGAGGAGCAUACACACCAGAUACGUGAUGAGGAUAAGGAACUGGACCGGAUACACCGGGAAAGACGGACUCGUCUUCAGGAAGUCUGUAGCAACCGAAAUCUGGCCUACCUGGGUAAAUCUCGAGAGGAGCAAGUUCGGGAACACUUCAUAUUUGAUGAAAAAUCCCAGGUUCUGUACUGUACGAUAGAGAAAGUGGGCUCAACCUUCUGGAGGCGAUUGUUCCAGAUUCUUGCUGGAAAGUCAAAAGUGAAAAGUCCGUUUGACAUUAUGCCAGCACACGCUCUGGGGGGUAACGUCCAUACUUUCGCAGAUCUUCCAUUCCAUUUGAUCACAUCAAUUGUAUCAUCCUACACUAAGUUUCUCAUCGUCAGAAAUCCAUUCGAACGCCUGUAUUCUGGUUAUGUGGAUAAGAUAUUCAGUCUCCAUUUCGCCUACAUUGGAAAGCAUAUUGUCAUAACCCAGAGAAAAAACGCAACACGUCAUAGUAAAAACUGUGGUCAUGACGUCACAUUCGCCGAAUUCGUUAGAUAUGUCAUCAAGGGUGAACGAACAAAUAAGAAUCGCAAUGCACACUUCUCUCCAAUGUAUGAUCAUUGCAAACCAUGUCAGAUCGGUUAUGACUACAUUGGAAAACUGGAAACUUUUGAAAAGGAUACCAUGUACAUUCUACGGAAAUUAAACUUCAGUUCCGUGGCUUCCGGUCUCGAAAAAGACUUCCGGGGGAGAACCACAAACGAUUCAGCAGCAGAUCAAGCCGACCUUCUAUUUAAGUAUGCAAAAAUUCACAGGAAAUGUAUCGAUCCACACGAAAUUCAAAAAAUUUACUGGAGGAAAGAGCAGAUCCGGGGACUUAUUGAUCCUGAUAUCCCGUUUCCUUUCUCAGAAAAAGAGUCACAGAACUUAACGGCGGCUCAAUAUCUCAACGCUAUUCAUAGGUCUAUAGGUAGAGCCAAGAACAAAGAUAUGGCGAAGCAGUUUCGCCGUGAUGCCAUGCUAAAAGCAUAUUCGACAAUUCCGAACUCAGAUAUGCAAAAACUAAAGAAAAUUUUUAAACCUGAUUGUGACAUAUUUAGUUACGAUUGUAAUUCUCCUUAGAUACAUGUUAUUCAGAAUCAAAUUCAUAUAAAAUUAAAUCUCUAUAGCACAAAAAAAGAAGAAACAAUUGUAAAUUGUUCAUCGGGAAUUUAUUUUUUGUUCAGCUUAACAGAUUUCGUUUUCAAAUUGUGGACAUCUCUGAAUAAGGAAAGAGACUACUAAGUUCAAAUAAUUUUAAUAAGGUUACAAAGCAAAAGAUGAAGUAAAUACAAAUCAGGUAAGACAUUUAUCUCGGUUAUAAUUCCAAUAAUAGUGUAAAAGUAUAGUUAUCGUUCCAAGCAACAGGCACGCCAGAUAACAGUCUCUGACGGGAGAAGUUAUUCUACAGUCUGUGAUCGUAUAGCUUUAAAGUUUCAGGAUGGCUUGAGAGUAUGUCCUUUCUAAGUGAUGGUGCUCUCUUCUGACCAAGUCUGAUUAUUAUCUGCGUCCGUGGCGUUGUCUCUUCGUGUCGCAGCUGACAGAUGAAAAUGUACUAAUAUAAAAGGAUAAUUAACCUCUACUCUGAUGGUUCUGUCGUAGGGUUCCACAAAGUUGGUGACCACGUCAAACCUUAUUUAUAUUAUGUAUAGAAACAUACAUAUAUAUACUAAUUAAAUGUUUAUGUCUGUCCUAGCUCUUUCAAUCGUCAAACUCUUUCCCUCUUGUACAUGUUUAUUGAAUGUUUUAUAUACAUUGGAUGUUGUAUGUACAUUCUUUAUGUUGCCCCUUGAGGGCCCUUAAUUGGUAAAUUAAGAAAUUGAAAUUGAAUUGAAAUAUAUAUAUAAAACACGAAAUGUCCACGGUUCUUGUCGCAGAGCCCAAAGGCAUAGUCAAAAUGUCGUUGGUGGUCAUCCGGAAUGAGAGUCGGUGACCAUAUCCCUCGAGGUGUUGUACUCUAGCGUCCAGGUAAUGGUCCGGUAAUGGUCCGUGUCUGCAUAAACAACACUGCUGUGGUCGAGUACCUGGGGUAAGGGUACUCUGUACAGGUGUUAAUUGGUGUCCACUUUUGUAAGAGAAUUCUUGGGGUCAAGAAAAAAACUACAAAUAAUUUAGUGUAUUAUGAACUGGGUAGAUUUCCUUUGUAUACGAAUUUUCAAAUACUGGUUAAAAAUUAAAAAUACAAAUAACAUUAUCUUGAAGGAGGCAUACGAAAGCAUGCUUGUCAAUAACGAUAACUGGAUGGUUUCCAUACAAAGCGAGUUGUCUAGCAUGGGUCUAAAAUAUUUGUUUGACGAAACUUGUUCAAAUCAAUGUCAAACCUACAAGAUAAUUGAGUAUAGAAUAUUAGAUAUUUAUAAACAAAGUUUGUUGUCAUCUUUUUCGACAUCUCCGAAGAGUAGGUUAUAUCAACACCUUGUGGAUAAUUUUUGUUUGCAAACUUAUCUUAGGAGACCGAUUAAUUAUAUUUCAAAAAAAUUUAUAAGUAUUUUGCGAACUUCAUCACACUCUUUAAAUAUUGAAAAAGGUCGACACAACAAGGUGCCAAGAAAUGAAAGAUUUUGCAAUCAUUGUAAUAAAAAAUAUUUAGAAGAUGAGUUCCACUUUAUACUCAUAUGUUCUUUUUACGCUGAAUUACAAAAGAAAUAUAUAAAGAGUUUUUAUUACAAAAAACCAAGUGUUUUUAAGCUUACUAAACUUUUAAGUGUUAACAAUACAAAGAAACUCAAUAAUCUAGGAAACUAUUUGUCUAGCGCUUUCAAGAUGAGCGCGCAGCAUUGUAAUAAUACUACAGUUUAAGCUAUUUAUCAUACAUUUAUGUCUAUUCAUAUUUUAAGAUUUGUACAUAUUAUAUUGUCCUAAUAUGUCCACUCACUUACUGCACAUUGCACAUUUAUAUAUAAUUUUA